AUGUCCUCCUCAAUCUCCUCCCUCAGCUCCUCCCUAUCCCUCUCAUCCUCCAAACAAAUAUCCCAGGUUUACAAACAGUCCUCGGAGCUAUUUCUCACUCGCCGAUUACAAGAAGCGUUAUCAGUUGUUGAACCCAUCAUCACUCCACCUUUGUCACAAGAUAAUCAAGAGGACGGCCUUGCUCCAAUUGCUACAGCCUCGAGUAAUCUCAAAAAAAAAGUUUGGACCCUGUACAUCUCCAUUCUCAAUGCCAUUGUCGAACUCGGCGCCGAAGAGGGGAUAAAACGAUUUGGUAAAAAUGAAUGGAAAACUUUGGCUUCCAAAGCCCGCGAUGGUGAGCUCUGGAACAUCGUCUCCCAGGUGGGAUACGGAGGCAGGGAUGGCUGCAUAGAUGCGGAUGUCGUUUAUAACAUUGCUACUCUGCUCCUUACCCAUGCACCAUCGCAGAAGCUCAAUCAGCAGCGCCUCGAACAUUACAUAUCCUCCUCCAGUCAACCUAACCUUGACGUCGCAGCUCAUGUGGAGAACUCACCGCCGCCCAGGAAGCGAAAAUAUGGAGCGUCGCAUGCAAAUGGGACAGAUACGCCAAAGGACCUGUCGGCGCGGGUCCGGAUAUUAGAGCUCUUCACCCUGCAUGUCCUCCCUCGGAACGACGAAUGGGACUACGCUAAGGAGUUCAUCAGCCUCUCUGAGAUUCUGGACGACGAGCGGAAAGACGCCUUCCUGCAAACGUUGGAGAAUCUACGAGAGGAAAGAAAGCAAGGUGAGCUACAUGCUGCAGAGCUCCAGCGCGAGAAGGAGGCGGAAUUCGAACGCCAGCGACAAGAGGCGGCAAAGAAGAAACUACCUACAGGGAAAAAGACGGCUACGGAGAAAUCGCGUAUCGCGAAAGUAACGAACGUCCAUCGAAGAAUGGGCAGCGAAGUCGACUACGGAAUCGAGAAUGAACUUCCAAAUGCCGGCACUCCUUCGGGCAAAAGUCGAAAUCUCAAACCUGCAAGAAAGGCCGUUAAGGCAGCUUCAGCCUCAGCGACUGAAGCGUCGAAACAGUCGAACCAGGCCAUGGGGCGAAUGCGCAUGUUUGCCAGUUUACUGGUUGCGCUACUCAGGAACAUGCGUCGCUACAUGUCUGCGAAUCCGCUAUCAUUUUUGCGUGCGCUCCUUAUUGUUUUCGGUGUCCUUAUCGCGCUUAGACGCGCAGAUGUCCGAAACCGGCUCCGCAGAACCAUGCAUUCUGGAUGGCAGAAAAUUCGUGGCACUGUAGGCAUGGGCGUUAAGGUUAGUUACAUAUAG